AUGACAGCAGGAUCAGUGAGCAGCACAGAUGAGGCUGAUACGGCAGGAAAAGCCGAAAGGCAAGCGCAGAGCAGUGAUGACCAAGUCACGAUAAUCUUUCCCGGGCGGCGUCAACCAAAAGUCACUGGUGUUAAGAAAACCCAGAGCAACACGACGCCAUCUGUGGUUUCUGGGACGUCCGACUCCGAGCUUGAACCACUCAUCGACAGGACCGCGAAAUUGGCAUUGAUUUCAAAGAAGACCUUACGCUUGCAACGGCGAGCAGAUAAGAAACAGGCCAUACGCAAAGCUCAUUCCCAUGGUAUUCAGUCUUUUCAGGAUUUGCCACCGGAAUUACUGCUGGCGGUGCUUGGAUACCUCCUGCCUUCCGAUGUCAGCAAACUGUUGAUACUGAAUAUGUCCAUGAGAAAUUUCAUACUAGAGAAUGAAAGUACAGUCGCCGAAGAGAUCAUCAGGAGGAGAUAUUGGAUUCUCAGGCAAUGCUUCCCGCUACCAGUUUCGUUGGUUUAUGUGCCUGUCCCGGCUCAGCAACCACUCUUAAGUCAAGGGUGGCAAGACCGACUACGAAUCCACAAGAAUCCUUAUCAGCAUAUUAAGCCGAUGAACCCUUCCGAAGUGUGCACUUGUAUGAGCUGUGUGCUCGCCUGGAACAAUCUCUGCAUCAUCCUUGAUCUGGCUCACUGGCAAACCAAUCUAGAACAUCGGGAACCGAUACCCAUCAUUGCGCGUGGGACGAACCCAGAAUGGAACGUCGAAUUACUUCAACGCAAUGCCGAUACCGUGAUGAAGGCCAUGAAAAGCCCACUCACAUAUGCAAGAAUCCUGCAGAUACACCUCGACACCACCACGCGGACAAUCAUUCGCUCAGGGAAGUGGCGAAAGAAAGGAGAGAAGAUCUCCACACUUCGGCCGAGGCUGUAUCAUCUCACGGAUCGCGAAGCUGCCAGUGGAACCGAUGUAUAUCUGGAAAGGAGCGGCCCUCCAAGUUACCAGCCUAUAUUCACACGGGAUAACUAUUACAGCGUCGAGGCAUUUGUACCAAAUCGCAAAUGGGAUAAGGAUGAGCAAUUGUGGAAAUACUACUCGAAAUGGCCCAAGCCGCACGAGAAUGAUCUUGAAUGGUUGAGUGCUAGGUACAUGCCUCGGACGUCGACUUGA